AUGUCUCCAAAGAAGAGGAAGCGGAAACUUGAAAAUAAAGUGGAGGACGACGAAGCUGAAUCUCCCGGCUUGACAAACGAUGCAGGGAUCCUGGUGGAAGCAUCGCCUGCGGAGGAGACGAGGGAAGGGGGUGCCGGGCGUGGUGGAAUUGGGGCCCUGGCAGAGGCUGUGAAGCAAAGCCGGACCAGAACGGCGGCUUCUGUUGCAGAGUUCAAGUAUAACAAGAAACGGGUCCGCUUGGUGUCGCAGGAGCCCGAGCUCAAGGAAGGGGGUCUGGGCAUCCUGUACUGGAUGUCCCGGGAUCAGCGAGUGCAAGAUAACUGGGCCCUUCUCUACGCCCAGCGCCUGGCCUUGAAGCAGAAGCUCCCGCUGCACGUCUGCUUCUGCCUUGUGCCCAAGUUCCUGGAUGCCACCAUCCGUCAUUUUGGUUUCAUGCUCGGAGGUCUGAAGCAAGUGGCAGAGGAGUGCCAGGAACUAAACAUCCCCUUCCACCUGCUCACCGGCGUCGCCAAAGAUGUGCUUCCCUCCUUUGUGACGAAGCACAGCGUUGGUGGGGUAGUGACGGAUUUUGCUCCUCUCCGGGUUCCCAUGCAGUGGGUGCAAGAUGUCCGGGACAGACUGCCACCAAGCGUGCCUUUUGCUCAGGUCGAUGCGCACAAUAUCGUUCCAUGCUGGGUUGCAUCUGACAAACAGGAGUACGGAGCAAGGACGAUUCGGCGGAAGAUUCAUGACCGACUGGCCGAGUUUCUUACCGAGUUCCCCCCCGUUAUCAGGCACCCUUAUUCCAGCACCAUCCAGGCAGAGGCCAUCGAUUGGGAUGCAUGCUAUGCCGGCCUGCAGGUCGACCGCUCGGUCAAGGAGGUGGGAUGGGCGAAGCCGGGCACGGCCGCCGGCCUAGCGGUGCUGGAGGAGUUCAUUGAGGAGCGGCUGAAGCGCUUUGGCACGGAAAGGAACGAUCCGAACAAGCCGGCUUUGAGCAACCUCUCGCCCUGGUUCCACUUUGGUCAGAUUGCUGUCCAGAGAGCCAUCUUGGAAGUGCGCAAACACCGCCACAGACACAAGGAGUCGGUGGACGCUUUCGUCGAGGAGGCCGUGGUGCGCAGGGAGUUGGCGGACAACUUCUGCUUCUACAACCAGAACUACGACCAGGUUGAAGGUGCUCCCAACUGGGCCAAAACCACCCUGGCGCUCCAUGCCAAAGACAAGAGGCCUCAACUGUACACGCUGAAGCAGCUGGAGGAAGGGAAGACGCACGAGCCUCUCUGGAACGCUGCACAGCUCCAGAUGGUUCACGAAGGGAAAAUGCACGGGUUUUUACGGAUGUACUGGGCCAAGAAGAUCCUGGAGUGGACCAGCUCCCCCGAAGAGGCCUUGAAAUUCAGCAUUUACCUCAACGAUCGCUAUGAAUUGGACGGCAGGGACCCCAACGGAUAUGUGGGCUGCAUGUGGUCCAUCUGCGGGAUCCAUGACCAAGGGUGGGCCGAACGGGCCGUCUUCGGCAAGAUCCGCUACAUGAACUACGCCGGCUGCAAGAGGAAGUUUGACGUCCAACAGUUUGAGCGCAAGUACAGCCCCCAGCAGGUCUCCCGGAAGCCUCUGUAG